AUGAAGCUGAUCGAGUCCAACGACACCGUUGUGUUCCCAGAGGGAGUCACCUUCACCGUCAAGAACCGCAUCGUCCACGUCACCGGACCACGCGGAACCAUCCGCAAGGACUUCCGUCACUUGCACAUGGAGAUGGAGCGCGUUGGAAAGAACACCCUUCGUGUUCGCAAGUGGUUCGGAGUCCGCAAAGAGCUUGCCGCUAUCCGCACCGUCUGCUCCCACGUCAAGAACAUGAUCAAGGGAGUCACCCUCGGAUUCCGCUACAAGAUGCGCUCCGUAUAUGCCCAUUUCCCCAUCAACGUUACCCUUCAAGACGGAAACAGAACUGUUGAGAUCCGUAACUUCUUGGGAGAGAAGAUCGUUCGUCGUGUCCCACUUCCAGAGGGAGUCACCGCCACCAUCUCCACCGCCCAAAAGGACGAAAUCAUUGUUGAGGGAAAUGAUCUUCAAUUCGUCUCUCAAGCCGCUGCCCGUCUCCAGCAAUCCACCGCUGUUAAGGAGAAGGAUAUCCGUAAGUUCCUCGACGGAAUCUACGUUUCGGAGAAGACCACCAUCGUCCAAUCAGACUAA